AUGACUUCCAGCCGCUUCUCGCCCGCACACCUCUUCGACCUGACGGGCCGCGUCGCGCUCGUCACCGGCGGCGCCACGGGCAUCGGCCUGAUGCAGGCGCAGGGCCUGGCCGCCGCCGGUGCGCGCGUCUACGUCGCGGCACGCCGCGAGGAGGUGCUGCGCAACGCCGUCGAGCAGUACGGCUUUGCCGGAUACGUGACGGUCGACGUCACCGACAAGGAGAGCCUGCAGCAGCUGGCCAAGGAGAUGCAGCAGAAGGAGGGACGUCUUGACAUUGUCAUCGCCAACGCCGGCGGCGCCGGCCCCACGCACCACGGCGCCGACACGAGCUUCCCCGACGGCUCCAUGGACCCGGCCAAGAAGCUCGAGAAGCUCGCGCCCGAGGAGUACACAAAGCAGCUGCUCGAGGCCAACAGCUUCCAGAACUGGACCGACCUGUUCAACCUGAAUUCCCACUCCGUCUUCUUUACGGCCGUCGCGCUCCUGCCGCUGCUGGCCAAGGGCAGCGAGCACGCCAAGGCCAGCGGCAAGAACUACACGUCGUGCUUCAUCACCACUGGCUCGAUCUCCGGCGUGGUCAAGCAGUCGCAGAUGCACUACGCGUACAACGCCAGCAAGGCCGCCGCGAACCACCUGACCGAGACGCUCGCGUUCGAGUUCACCAACACGACGACGGCGCGCGUGCGCGUCAACGGCAUCCUGCCCGGCGUCUUCCCUUCGCAGAUGACGGCCGACUCGAAGGACUCGACGACGAACAAGAGCGACCUGAGCGACAAGCUGCCGACGAUGAACGUGCCCGUCGGCCGUCCGGGCACCGAGGAGGAGAUGGCUGCCGCCACGCAGUUCCUCGCCGCCAACGAGUACGCGCACUCGAUGCUGCUCACGCUCGACGGCGGCUUCACGGCGCACGCCCCCUGA